CGAAUAGAUAGAAAAUCACAGAAAACUGAUCGAUCAGAGAAUAACAUGGGCAAAGGGAAGUCAAAGAUCGAGAUGAAACUGAUCGAGUCACGGGAAGCUCGGAAUGUGUUUCUCCAAGAGGAGAACGGGGCUCUUCAAGAAAGCAUCUGAUCUGUGCCGCCUAUUCCCGGGAGUUAAAGUCGCGGCCGUCGUCUUCUCUCCAGCGGGAAAGCCGUAUGUGUAUGGCGACCCUACUGGGAUUUUGGAGUCGCAGCAGCAAGAGCAGGGCGGCGGCAGUCCUCUUUGUGCUCUGUUUCCUUCGCCCUUGUCCGGUGAUGCGGGCGAGAAUACUGCUUGGAACAGUGGCGGACCGUUGGCUGACGAAGAUAUUGAGGAUGUCAUCCGAGGGGUGCAACUGCAGGGCGGGUGUCCUCCGCAAUAUCCUUCGCCAUCUUCAGUUCUGGCCGGGGGCGGCGGCCGUGUGAUUUGUGAACCCUGCUGCUACUCCCCAAUUGAGGAGACACUCAAUACUCCUUGGGAAGAUGAUUGGCUGAUUAGUGGAGAAGACAUGGGAUCAAUGAUCCGAGAGUUACAGCCGCAGCAGGGCGGUGGUCAUGCUUUUCCAGAAUAUUCCUCACCGCCGUCCUCUGUUCUUGCAAGUGACCAUCUUAUUUCUGAACCCUGCUGCUACUCGCCAAUUGGGAAGGAGACACUCAAUACUCCUUGGAAAGAUGAUUGGCUAAUUAGUGGAGAAGACAUUGGAUCAAUGAUCCCAGAGUUGCAGCCGCAGCAGGGCAGUGGUCCUGCUUUUCCAGAAUAUUCCUCUUUGCCGUCCUCCGUUCCGGGUGAUCAUCUUAUUUCCGGCUCCUCAGUUCAGCCGGAGAUACUCAGAGAAGAAGAUGUGGGUUCAAUGCUCGAAGAAUUGUUCUGGUAGCUACGGCCAUCAAUUUUGGUUGAAAAUUAUCCGACUUUAGGGUUUAUGAGAAUUGUAAUUAAUGUUGUUAUUAUGGGACG